AUGGUGGAAGACUCUACCCAUUCACCGUCUCUACACAAACCAAAUCCUUACCCCCAACUCUCCCACAACAUGGCCAAAUUUCGAGCAAGCAAUAUCCUUGGCGAUCCAUUCGCCCUUGCGACAACUUCUAUCGCCCUGCUCGCAUGGGUGAUCGCCUUCGUUGCUUCCGUCGUUGGUGAUAUUAAGGGAAAUUACCCCACCUUUCAAUGGUGGGCGAUCGCCUACACAUUCUGCUGUAUCACUGGGUUGAUAGUUGUUUUCGGUACUGACACCGGUCUUGUUUACGGCGUGGCGAUCGUGGGAUAUCUCUCUGCCGCGCUUGUGAUGACUUCAAUUUCUGCAAACACUCUGGUUUAUUCCGACUUGUCCUCUUUCCAGGCUGCAGGUGCAGGCUUCAUUCUCCUGUCCAUGGUUAUUAUUGUCUGGAUGUUUUAUUUUGGCUCUACUCCUCAAGCGACUCACCGCGGAUUCAUCGACUCGUUUGCGCUCAACAAGGAACAACAGGCGUAUGGAAAUAGCCGACCCAUGUCAUCAGCCUUUGGUGCCCGACCGGAGACAACCUCUAGCCGGCCCCAGAUGUAUACAUCCGCUCAACUCAACGGUUUCGAGACCUCGUCGCCCGUUUCGGGAUAUCAUGGCGGUGCCCCUGGCGCGGAGGCCCGCAGCCCGUCGCAGGCCCGCUUUGGUAACUCCGAGAACAACAACAACAACAGCAACAACAACAACAACAACACAGACUCCAACGGGGAGGUCCCCGUGCCCACCGAAUACCCCUACCGCGCAAAGGCCAUCUAUGCUUAUCAAGCCAACCCAGAAGACGCCAACGAGAUUGGGUUCGAGAAGGGUGAAACCCUGGAUGUAUCUGAUGUCAGUGGCAGGUGGUGGCAGGCCAGGAAAGCCAACGGAGAUACCGGCAUUGCUCCUUCCAACUAUUUGAUUUUGCUAUGA